AUGAUGCAAGGGAAAAUAGUUCUUCUGUUGUUAUCGUUUUUCAUUUCAUCGGUUAAGUGUUCAAAUUUCAAGCUUAAGAUAAUCCAUUUCAACGACCUGCACGCGAGAUACGAUGAAGUGACAAAUCGAUCGAUGCCAUGCGCAGCUGGCAGUAAAGAAUGCAUAGCAGGAGUGGCUCGAUUAGUGACAACGAUUGAAAAAUUGAAGAAGGAAAAUACUAAUCAUUUGGUCCUAAAUGCUGGCGAUGCGUUUCAGGGAACCGUUUGGUACAGCUUGCUGAAAUGGAACGUCACUCAACGGUUUAUGAACAUUAUCAAAGCUGAUGCCAUGGUCCUGGGAAAUCACGAGUUUGAUGAUUCGAUCGAGGGUUUGAUUCCCUUUUUGAACGCAACGAAGGAUGUCACACCCGUGGUCGUAUCAAAUUUGAUUAUUCCGAAAAAGAAUACAACUGAAUUCAACGCAUUGCGAUCAUUGGUAAGGCAUGAUCCGAUCAAACUGAAGGUUGGUGGUGAAACCAUAGGAAUUAUCGGAGUGAUCUAUGAUGAGACUGACAAAAUAACUAAUACGGGGUCGAUUAAAUUUAAAAACUACAUUUCAUCAGUCAGAAAGCAAGCAACGGAACUGAAAAUGGAUGGUGUCAACAAAAUCAUAGUUCUGUCGCAUUGUGGAAUUUUUGAGGAUAAGAAGAUUGCUGAACAAGCAGGCCAGGACAUUGACAUCAUAGUAGGUGGUCACUCGCAUUCGCUGCUUUACAAUGGUGUUGCUCCAUCGAAGCAUGCGGUUUUCGACAAAUAUCCAAUGGUUAUUGACAACGGGAUGGGCAACAAAGUGCUCAUUGUGCAGGCAUUCUGUCAUGGAAAAUACGUGGGAAAUAUUGAUUUGACUUUUGAUGCAUCAGGAAAGAUCGUGUCUUACGAAGGACAACCAAUUUAUCAAGGUAAUUCCAUAGAAAAAAAUACAACCGUGGAAACAGUCGUACAGGAUGUGAAGAAAGAGGUUGAAUCCAAAUCGUCGGUACGAGUUGGUGAGACAGAGAUUGAACUGAAUAAUGAUUGUCGUGUGAAGGAAUGUUCACUUGGAAGUGUUCUUGCCAAUGCCUACAUUUGGCACUAUCGAAACGCUCGUAGCUCACCGACAAUUGCUAUGAUCCACCCUGGAAAUUUCAGAACAAUUUUAACCCGUGGUGGAAUUACUAGAGGUGAGCUACUGACAGCAAUUCCAUUCAGUUCGACUGCCAAUAGAAUCUCAGUGUCUGGUUCGACCAUCAAGAAGGCUAUUGAAUAUGGAGUGACACUUAGUCGAAGAUGCACAUUCAACACACCACAAAUUUCCGGAAUCAAAGUAAGCGUUGACUUCGCAAAGGACGCAGGUAAUCGAACCAAGGUUGAUGUAAAACAAGGUGACGCAUACGUAGAGUUGGACGAAACGAAGACAUAUGAUGUUGUGGUGAAUUCCUACAUGAUCAAAGGUGGCGAUGGUUUUGACAUGUUCAAAAAUGCUACCGUCAAAGGAUGGGGACCAACUGAUGCAGAAACCUUCGAGCAGUACAUCAACGGAACCGGUAUCAUAAAAGCUACAACAUUACGUGAGCCAAGAAUCGAAGUUUUGCACGAAGAACAAGCUUUGAAGGACACAAACAAAUGCACAAAUUGAAGAAAAUAAUCGAAAUUUGGUUUUCUAGUGACGUGUGAUAAAUUGUUCUGAGUUUGUCAUUUUUGAAAGAUAUGCAUCAUCUGCAUUGCUUACUUGGUAAUGCAAACAGGUGGCCUGUCAAUUACUUUGAGAAACACCAGCUCUAAUCACUCAUUGGAAUAUAUGAGUGUUUAUCA